AUGCAAGAAAGAAAUACACAUUAUUGCUCGAACUGUCAAAUCACAAUACCAAAUGAUCAAGAGUACUAGGCUCAUUAUAGGUCUGAUUUUCACAGAUAUAAUAUCAGAAGAAGACUGAUGAAUCUAGAGUCUGUUUCGUUUGAAAUUUUUUAGAAAAAAUUUCUUGAAUCACAAAGUAAUACUUCCUGUUCCUCAAGCCAAGCAUAAACAUAUUCUUGUAAUACUUGCAAGAAAAGCUUUUUCUCCUCAGGUACCUAUUCCCAACACUUGAAUUCAGCCAAACAUAAAUAAGUGUUGAAGGACAAUAGAAAAAAUUCAGAUUCCUUAGAAAAAAAAUAAGUUUAAAAUCUACCUGAGUAAUGCUUAUUCUGUGAUGACACAUUCGAAACAGUGGAUGAAUCUUACAAUCAUAUGAACACUGAUCAUGGAUUUUUCAUUCGUGAAAAAGAAUCUCUAGUUGACAUGAAGGGUUUGAUCUAAUGUUUAAGGAACGUUAUCGAGAAAUAAUUUUAUUGCUUAUCUUGUCCAUCUAUCUUCUCUUCAUCAGAGGCAGCUAAAUAACACAUGCUAGACAAAGGUCAUUGCUUUAUGCCCAAUGAGCACUAUGACGAACUGUGCCAUUUUUAUGAUUUUACAGAAAAAAUUAAGAAAUUGCUACAACUUGAUGAAAUUCCUGAGUUGAAUGAACUAUCAUUCGAAGAAAUUCUUGAAUUAGAUUCCUUAAAAUCAGAUUCAAGGGUUUCUGAAUUUGAAAUCGUAGAAUAAACUCCAGAAUAAUAAGCAAGAAGAGCAUAAUUAAUGCAUUACUUAGAAAUCAUUAAUUAAAAUAAAGCAAAGGUAUUGCCAAAUGGAGAAUUGUAAUUACCAAGUGGAAAAAUUCUUGGACAUAGAUCCUUAAAACAAUUUUAUGAUUAAAGUCAUGUAGUACCGUUACCUUAAAAAAAUAAUCAUUUGCCACUGUAAUACUAAACUUAACAAGCUAUUUAGAGUGCUGAAAAAUGA